AUGGAUUCCUAUCCAUAUAAUAGCCACAAUUCUAAUUUUGUUGACCUUCUAAAUAGUCAGCAAGAAAUUGUCUUCGGUUUAGGCCAAGAAAGUGGCGAAGUAUCUUCAUCACAAGUGCCUCUUUUUGGUGAAGCCUCUCAUGGAGAACGGAAAGAACGAAGGACAUGGACACCAACCGAUGACGUAGUGCUCAUCAGCUCGUGGUUAAACACGAGCAAAGACCCUGUGGUGGGGAAUGAGCAGAAGUCUGGUGCAUUUUGGAAGAGAAUCGCCGCUUACUAUGCUGCAAGUCCUAAGAUGGCCGGUUCUGAACACAGGGAGCCAAGCCACUGUAAGCAGCGUUGGCACAAGAUCAAUGAUCUUGCGGGCAAGUUUGGUGGUGCAUAUGAAGCUGCACAAAGAGAAAAAAGCAGCGGUCAGAAUGAAAAUGAUUGUGACGAGGCUGCACAAUCAUCAACCUCUGAAGCUGAUCACGCAACCACUCGUCCCCCGGGUGUUAAUGCAGCAAAGGGGAUUGGUAAGCAAAACACCAAGACAGAGGGGAAAUCGGUUGCUGCGUUUGAGAGCAUGUGGACCAUGAAGAAGGAGGAUAUGGCUAUGAAAGAGAGGCUGACCAAGAUGAAGCUACUUGAUAGUUUAAUUGCUAAACCGGAACCGCUGGCUGACUAUGAAGAAGAACUGAAGAAAAAGCUUAUUACUGACUUGUUGUUAUAA